GGAAACGCUGGCAGUUUAUUUCUGAGGCUGACCACAGAUUAAAGCGAAAUUAAAGGCUUGCAUUUCAGCAUAUUGCGGCCGAACCUCACCAGCGCUCCGCACAAAAGUGUUUGAAAAGGCUUAUUGCCGAAGUGCCGAUGCUUCUACAUUUGUCGCUGCCUGAAAAACCCCUCCAAUAAAACUCAACCGUGAGCAAUUGCACAGAACCUGGAACAGAAUGUCACCGCGGAGAAAUGGGAUCGCCAGAAUGUGUGGAGUCUGUCUUCUUGCUCUCAAUCCCUUCACACUGCUCGCUGCUGUAACACUGAGGGUGGACCAGGACCGCGUGAAUGGAACCGUUGGUCAGUCUGCGCUGCUCGCCGUCUCUUACAAUCUGUCAGACCCAGGCGGUUACCUGCGGAUCAGGUGGAACAGAGCUGGAACCAGAAUAGUGGACUAUAGGUGCAUAUCGAACAGAGACAGCAGGCGCUCGGAGCUCUGUCACUACCUGCCGGUUCCCGGUGACGACAAACACCGAGUCGUUCAUUUCCCAGAGAAUGCUUCAUUGCUGCUGCGGGAUUUACAUUUCAAUGACGGCGGGAUUUAUGAAUUGUCUAUCAGUCACUCGGAGGGAACAGAAAUGGCCAGGGUCAUAUUAACAGUGCGGAACGGCACGGGCGGCGGAAUGGGUAGUGUUGUUACAGAGGCAAAACGAGCACCAAGAGCUGAAGCCAAAAUUCGCUAUGCUAGCCUUGCUGUUAUUUUGAUCUUCUUGUGUUUCACUGUGAAGACACAAACAGGUUGUAAUCGAACUCAGAAACAAACAGUAAAGAAAAAGACUGCUCAGAGGGGUUGGAAUUCAUUAUCUAGCAACUCUGUCGUGACAUUCAGUGAGAUGAAGUUGUAUGAGUCGACGGAAGCUACAGGAAAGAUAAUGUACGGUACCGAUGAGAUUACUGAACAUGCUCGGAUUCAGAUACGGAGGACCUGAUUUUAACUUAAUGAUUAUACUGUUUAUGUUUUUCCACUCUGUGUAAUUAUUGUACUAACAUGUAGUUUAAGUACAAAACCACCAUAAUGGCUGCAAGGGAAUUAUAAUGAAUUCUCCAGUCGUAAAUAUAAAAUCCAUUUUUUUCUGCCUGUAUUUCAUAGCUAUGCUUAUUUCACAGAACAUUUUAAAACCUUCAAGAGAAUUGUAGCACAGUAUGGCUAGAUGGGAGAAGUCCAGACUAAAGCUUUUGCGAGACAUGAAAGUUUUUGUUUUUGAACAAGUGUGAAAGGCUGUAAGACUGUGGUAGCAAUGUUCAAAUUGCUGCCUGAGAAUUUAGUAAUUAUGUUGAGAUGAAACUAUGAGUAUGUACAUACGGAUUUCAAUAUUCAUUUGCUACAAGUCUGGGGUUCUUGGAACUCGAAGACAAAUGUAUCGGUUUGUCUGUGUGUUUGGAGCUAACAAUUAGCUUUUAAGAAAAUGCAACAUCCAUAAUCUUCAGCUGGAGGUCAUAACACAAAUUUCUUCACGAGCUGCCUCCAGGGUCAAUGGAGAAAACUUCGCACUCGCAGAUAUGGCGGGUUAUUGGCUUAGAGCACUGUCAGGAUAUGGAGAGAUAUUAGGGGCAAAUUCUGAUAAAGAGAUUUGUUGAUUCAUAGAAUGCAUUGCUAAAGGGAGUAAUGUAGCAGGGAAUGCUGAAAUAUUCAGUUGAUGCGGAAGAAGACGCAGAGUUAUGCGAUUGUAUGGGUCGCGGCAGAUAAUUCCUUGUAUGAAGGAAGCCCAUAUGAAAUUUUAGAAUUGUGGAAAAUAAAAGGCCAGCCUUAAGAUGGCGGCAUUUUAGCUUGCAUAGAAUAUUGGCUGAGUGACAGAAAGCAAAGAAUGGACUUUGGUCUUUUUCAGGUUGAUGAGAUAUAUAAAGUUGAGUUCCAAAGGGAUUUAUAAUGUACACAUAUAACACAGGUGAGGGAUGGAAGGUUGGCAAUUUUUCCCAAAGAUAGUCAGGAAAAAAUAAAUUGUGAAGAGGAGACCAAGAGGUUAGAAACAGAUAUUGACAGCUUAAGUGAAUGAGGAAGGAUAUGGCAAACAGAACAUAAUGUGGGAAAAUGCACAGUUGCCCAUUUAGGCAGAAAGAAGAGAAAAGCAUAUUUUCUAAAUGGUACAACCAUAGAUAGUAGGACCAAAAGUAAGCUUUUCAAUUGAUUAAGUAGUUCUGCCGUUCUACGAAAUCAUUCACAGCUGAUCUGAUAAUCUUCAACUCUACUUGCCUGCCUUUCCACAUAACUCUUGAUAAAAGUCCAUCUCAGCCUUUAAUGAC